AUGCCUAACAAGAUUGUUGUUCUGGGGGCUGGAGUCUCAGGCCUGACAACGGCCUACUUGCUGUCACAGGAUCCUGACAACCAGAUCACAGUGCUUGCAAAGCAUAUGCCAGGCGAUUAUGACAUUGAAUAUGCUUCCCCAUGGGCAGGCGCCAACUACAUGCCGGUCGGGAAGCAAGGAAGCAAUCACCACGCAUGGGAACGAGAUACCUGGCCAGCACUCAAGGAGAUCACUGAGAAAUACCCCGAGGCCGGCAUCCACUUCCUUGGUAUGACCCCCAACACCAUAGAGAUCAAUGAACAUGCCCUUAUCAUUUCCUCAGAUGCUAUUAUCUAUAACCGAAAGAAAGACCAGGAAUCGGCCACUGGCAAGUGGUUCUCGGAAUUGGUGCAGCCGAACCCCUGGUACAAGGAUGUGGUACCGGAUUUCAGAGACAUUCCGGAGAGCCAACUAGCAUCUGAAAUUGACAACGGCCAAAUCUUCACUUCUGUCUGCAUCAACACUGCGGUCUAUCUCCCAUGGCUAGUUGGCCAGUGCACCAAGAACGGCGCAGUCUUCAAACGAGCCGUUUUCAAGCACAUCGCCGACGCCGCAGAUGCGCACCACUCGGGUCAAAAGGCGGAUGUCAUCGUGAACUGCACGGGUCUCUCGUCCAAGUUCCUGGGUGGCGUUCUCGAUGAGAACCUUCUUCCCGCCCGGGGCCAGAUUGUCGUUGUUCGCAAUGACCCGGGCCCCAUGAUCGGUCUGUCCGGAACAGACGAUGGCGAAGAUGAGGCAUUGUACAUCAUGACACGUGCCGCAGGCGGUGGCACCAUUCUUGGUGGCUCUUACCAAAAGCACAACUGGGACCCUCUACCCGACCCAAACCUCGCUAACCGAAUUAUGAAACGCGCGAUUGCGAUUGCGCCGCAGCUCGUCAAGGAGGGUCAAGGAAUCGAGGGUCUGGAUAUUAUUCGCCAUGGUGUUGGCCUGCGACCUCUGCGAGAGGGUGGCCCUCGCGUUGAGAAGGAUGAGGUAGCUGGAGUCAAGAUCGUUCAUAACUACGGUCAUGGCGGGUUUGGAUAUCAGGCUUCAUUUGGAUGUGCGGGAACUGCCGUUUCCUUGGUUAAGCAGGUGCUGCAGAACAAGACUCGGGCUAAGCUUUGA